AGAUAUCGAUAUUUACGCCUUGUCAGUUUUUUAACCUGAAUUAAAGCGAAAAAAGGGCAGACGUGCAAACCAUUCGGCUGACCGGCUAACAUUUUCAUACUCGUACAGAUCAAUUGUUGUCAAUAUAACAUCAGGAUCAGGCCGACAAUGACGAACUACGUUGAUUAUACCCGAGCUGAGGAGACCGAGGUCAAUUGCUGGAUUCGGUUCGGCCUGCGCCUUGGUGUUAGCGCUGCACUACAUCCCUUUGAAUACUCAAAGACGCUGAUACAGAUUGGGUAUGAGCCCAUAGCCGCGAGACCGGGCAAGUCCUUGAUGGGCAAACCCAUUAUGGUCUUGCCAAACAUAUUUCAAUACGCUGGUCAUAUCAAGAGGGUGGAUGGCUUUUACGGAUGUUAUCGCGGUCUGGCCCCCAAAUUGGUUGGGUCCGUCUUGAGCAUGGUUGUUAGUGAGCGUUUUGCGGAGAAGCUGGAACUAUCCCAACGUGAAGAUAAGGACGAGUCCGAGCUGACCGAGGAGGAGAACUAUAUGCAAUUCAAGUACAAUCUGAAGCGCGACAUUGUAUUGACGGUCAGCGGGAUUAUUGUGUCACAUCCUUUCCAUGUGAUUUCCUUGCGCAUGAUGGCACAGUUUGUGGGUCGCGAGACUCUAUACAACUCAAUAUUGGGCUCGAUUCGCGAAAUCUGGAGGACCGAAGGCAUACUGGGCUUCUUUUCUGGCCUGAUCCCCAAACUGCUGUGCGACGUAGCCUGCCUAGUGCUAUCCAGCUCCACAGUUUACGUUGUGAACAAAUACUUCAUCAAGGACAAGCUCACUCGACAGUACAAUGCGGGCUUCAUGCAGUUCCUGUUCUCUAGUCUACUGUACCCACUGCAAGUAGUCUCGACAUGCUCCGCAGUCAGUGGCUCACGCCUUAUGGCCGGCCAACCGCCAAUAAUGCCUAGCUACCGAAACUGGGUGGACUGUUGGAAUGACUUGCAGGGUCGCAAAGAGCUGAAACGCGGCAGCUCCCUCUUCUGGCGCUCGCAAUUAUCGACAAAUACACCAAUCAUGGCAACUGCCUUUGCCCCACUGCCCAAAUUGUCCCGCUACCAAUAGAUGAACCAAUAGAUGCGGCAUACGGCUACAACCACAAUGGGAAGGGCCGGAACUACCAUCUACCGAGAGAGUCGCGUCUGCCUGACAA